CUGCCUGGUCUUGUCACUCGUUUCCCACGCAGGUCUGGUGCUCCAUGGAUACAGCUCUACUCCUCAGAGGACUGAUGAAUAUGUGCGAUUUAUUUCGUUUUCUAUUUAUCGGAUAAUCCCUGCAGACUCUCAUCACUUUGUCGAAAUGCAAUCGACAUCAGAGUUGAGGCAAUGCUCCAAAAUGUGGAAGUCAAGACAGCUCUGGGCUAACUUCUGAGCGCUGUACCCCCCCCCCCCCCCCCACUCUCUCCCCUGCACUCUCCAGUAUGAGGCUGUGGGGCAGAGCUACGUCUGCCCGGAGGAGGAUGCUCUGUCUCUGGUUGCUGCUUCUCGGGUUCGCCCUUGUCACCUUGGCGCUCUCUGACCUCUUCAACCGCGACAAAGGUCACAGUCAUCAGAAUCCUGGCCCUCCCCGCCGCCCCCUGCAGCGUUUCUCCAGUCCCCAGGACCUGGAGGUCAUCGUGGACUCCCGGGACCCUGCCUUAGAGCUCGGCGUCGAUCUCGCCCCGCUAAAAUCUCUACAAGAAGACCAACUUUUGUUCGUGCCAUCCACGCAGGGCACAAAGAGCCCGCCGCAGAAGAAGGGGAGUUACAAGGUGCUUCUGCCCGGAGCAAAUAAGGAGACCGCCGCUCCUGCGCCUCCGACGCACGGUGAAAUGGGGAAAGCGGUGCAGCUACACCUGGAAGGCUCGGAGAGGGACACGGAGCUGGCUGCUGUGCAGAAGUACGGGUUCAACGAGGUGGUCAGCGAGAAGAUUUCACUGCAUCGCAGGCUGCCUGAGGCGCGCCAUUCUGAGUGUUUGGGAGAGCAGUACAGCGAAUCGCUUCCGAAGGCAAGUGUUGUUAUCUGUUUCCAUGACGAAGCUUGGUCCACGCUCCUCCGCACCGUGCACAGCGUCCUCGAUACUGCACCCAAACAGUACCUGCAGGAGGUUCUGCUGGUGGACGACCUGAGCCAGCACGGUCACCUGAAGAGUGUGCUGAGUGAGUAUGUGUCACACCUGAAUGGGGUGCGUUUGAUUCGCAGCACCAAACGUCUGGGCGUUGGAGGGUGCCGUGCUCUGGGUGCUGGCAGGGCUGCAGGGGAGAUACUGGUGUUCAUGGACUCCCACUGUGAGUGCCAGAAAGGCUGGCUGGAACCACUGCUGGAGAGAGUAGCCCAGGACAGGACCAGAGUGGUGUCCCCCGUCAUGGAUGUGAUUGACUGGCAGACCUUUCAGUACAAUGCCACCCAGUGGCCAGUUAGAGGAGUGUUUGACUGGAGACUUGACUUCUACUGGGAAUCAAACUUUCCGCUGCAAGACAAGGGUCCAGACUCAGCUGUGCAACCUUUACGGACUCCAGCAUUAGGAGGCGGAGUUGUGGCCAUCGACAGACAUUUCUUUCAGAGUGUGGGAGCCUAUGACCCUGGGAUGCUGUUGUGGGGGGCGGAACAAAUUGAGCUGUCAAUCAGGGUGUGGUCAUGCGGGGGCUCCAUGGAGGUGCUUCCCUGCUCUCGUGUGGCCCACCUUCACCACCACCACCUGCCGUACCGCUUCCCAGACCAGGAUCUGCUUCAGAGGAACAAGAUCCGCAUUGCAGACACCUGGAUGGACGCAUACAGGAAGAUUUUCUACAGGAGGGACACACUGGCUCAUUUCAUCAGGCAGUCUGAGAGCCCUAACAUCACAGAGCGUCUGCGCCUGAAGAGGAGUCUGGGCUGUAGGAACUUCCACUGGUACCUGACCACAGUUUAUCCACAGCUCUACAUCCCCCAGGACAGACCCGCACUGUCGGGCGAGCUGUAUAAUGUCGGCACUGGCAGCUGUGCAGACUACCCUCGACUGCAGGGACCACAAGGUGGGCCUAUGAACAUAGCACCAUGCAGUGGGACGGGCAGCCAGCACUGUGAUCUAAACUCAGACGGUGAGGUACGAUGGGGUCCAAUGGGAGCUUUGUGUUUGGAUGCCAAAGGAGAGAGGGCGGUUCUCUCCCCCUGCCUCACCCAGAUACCAACCACCAGCAGAACCCAGUGGAAGUUCGUAAAGCUGAGCGGUCAACUCGUUCACCAGCAGUCGCAGUUAUGUCUGGAGGCUGUAAAGGACGGAAACCUCUCUCAGAGCAGCCCAAGAGAGGUCAGCACCCACUCCAGCACAGGAGGUCUCUUCCUACGCCCUUGCAUCCGUCACCCUAGACAACAGUGGCACUUUGAGCAACUGGUGGCGCCUAAAGGUACCUGAACCAGAGAGCACACAGGGACGGGUGGAUUUGAGAGAUAUGAAUCCAAGGCACAUAUUAUCAUUUAUUUACUAUGCAUAGUGGCAUACAGUACGUCCUUAGUGAAAUGGUGUAGAAAAAUAUACAAACUACUACUUGCUCCACUUUGCCACUCAGCUUCUUUGCUCCUGUUUUAAGGAUUGCAAAUAGCAUUUACUGUGUUAAAUAUUAAAAAAAAACCCAGAUGAUCUCUUAGUGAUAUCAGUUUUAGUAUCUUUUUAUUGUAAUGUAUAUUUAAUCAUACACAGUCUGAAAAAGUUGUAGAGGAAAUGAUCCUAGAUUAUCUAUUAUGUUUUACUUCAGUAAAUACUUUGAAUAAUUCAUGUGUAAAUGUUUUUCUCUAGUCUCUAACCAAAAUACAAAACUGUUUUCACACCUUAUCCGCUGUCAACAGCAGAGGGAGCCAUCUGCUUUCAUAAUCUACAGCCCACAACUGAUCAGUUUCUUGUUAUAAAUGAAAACCCUCCCCUUAUGAUUUACUUGUGAGAAUUUCCAGAAAGAUGAAUUUCCAGACUACCUUGUGGAAGUGAUGUCCUGAUGUACGUGUAGCUGAGAGGAGUGGAUGCUGUCUGUACCGAGCAAACCAGUGAUUGACAUCCAGAAAACAGUGUGUUUUUCUGUCCAACUAUCAAACUCAUAGCCCAAUAAAUCAUAAGCAAAGGUGCCAUUUAAGCCAUUGAUCCUAAGGUUAGGAUGGCGAAUGGCAGGCAGGGAAGGCCCUGAGCUCAUCCUCAGUAACUCUCUCCUUAACCCUCAGGCAGUCAGUGUUAGUAACUGCCUAUACUCUGUCACACAGUAAUGCUCUUCUUAACCUAUGAUGCACUUAGCCCAGUCAAGUACACAGCACCUUUUCAAUAAAAACCAGUCAUAUGGUACGUCCUCAGCUUCGAGGCAUAGGUCAAAGACUUGGACAAACCACGUGUUGUUGAUUAGCAUGUUUUCUCUCAGUUACAUAACUAUUGGCUGUUGUAGCCUUUCUCUUGGCUGUUGUAAAAGAGGAGCAACAUCUCUCUGCUGUGGGUCUUCAGAGGACGGCAAGAGGUCACAGACUCAUUGCCUGGCUGACGUCAGUAUGAAAAUCCUUGUUGGAAGAUUAAAGAUCGCAGGACAUGCUAUAAGUAUAACAUAUGAGAAAGGAAAAGAUAAAGCCCCAAUAGCAUGUUUGGGGUCCAGGAGACACUGGGCCCUUUUUUCAUUGGCUAAAAAACAAACUUGACAUUGAAAA